GCUCCCUCGCCCCACAAUUUUUUUUUAUUGUGGAUAACAUUGUUUGCGAAAGCCUAUGUGUUAAACUUUCACCACACAUGUCCGUCUGCAUUCUUUUAGAGUUGAACAAUCUAUACAGUAGAGUACUUUAAACAAUUUUUAAAGAAACGAACCCUGGCAAAUAAAUUACCAUCGCAACAAAAUUCCCGCAAGCUUAAUUUGACCAGAAAAUUUGUUUGCUCAGAGGUUCCCAACGCAACAGCCCCGGCUCAUUGCCGCCACGGUCACCGAAACCACAAUUUGGGUGCCAACACAGCCACCCAAAACCACACACACCCCUUCCAUUACAGUGGGGGAACACGGUGGCAGAACGGGGCUACCCGCCUCCACCCACCACCCUAUACCCCCACCACCACCACCACUUAUUCUCCUCCCUUCCUUUAACACCGCCACCAAUAUCGUCAAACACCAGCAGCCGCAGCGGACUCUGGCGAGCAUUGGACGACCGCUUUGUCUUGCCGCGAUGGCGUCGGUGAAGCCGUCGCUCGCCCUGGCACUGCUCGUUUGCUGCGCGACGGCAGUCGGUGCCCUACCAACUGGCUGCACAUUUGGACCAAAAGACAACACUGCCACCUGCACAGAGUUCUCAUACCUCUCAGAGCUGCCCGAAACUGUCACGCACCUGACUCUGCGCAACAGCAGCCUAACCAACGUCCCCGUGGGCUCUCUCGACAGACUGUUAGGCAGUCUCAAGGAGCUAACCAUCGAGAUGAAUUUAACGUGCGACUGCAACACAAUGUACCUGAAGAGGCUGGCGCAAGACAAAUUAAUAAUCAACGGAGCAAAUUGCAGGUACCUGGACACGCAGAAAGACGUGAAUUAUCUGACAGGAAACGAGUUUCCGGGUGUGUGUGCCAAGGCCCCUCCGCACUGCAACGAGAUGCUGCUGCGCGACUCAGGCCUCCACAUCGCCUACCUCGUCUUCCUGGUGCCGCUCGUCUACAGCUACCUUGGCCUGCGGCCCCUGGUCAGCCACCGCCGCGACGGCCGCUAUAAGGGAGGGAAGGCUGAGUACGAGCGCAUUGUGAACAGCAAAGCGCCGUCCGCUCCGGCCGGAGAGAAGAUCUACGAGGACGUGGAUACGAAGUUCUGAUGAGCGGGUGGGGGG